AACGUGCAAAGUGAAUAUUUCACAUGAUUUAAAAUCUCAGUAACACAUCGUGUAACACUUUUGUAGUCUAUUUGGUAAAUGAAAACGUACUUGUAGUUAUAUAAUUAUUAGUUAUAGUUAAAUAAAAUAAGUACUUACUGUACUUGAGCUUGUUGAUUACGAUGCUUCUCUGACAUAAAUUUACAAUAUUUUUGCGGAGAAUUAAAUUAAAUACCAUGUUAUUAAAAAUUGUUGGCACACAUCUUUCGAACACAUAGGGUUUCGGUCAUUUGUUUAAUUUAACACACAUCAGAAAUAGGUGCAGGUCGUCCGUGAAGUUGGAUAAGAAAGACUAUUACGCGUAUGCUCUGCGUAUUUUGUUUAAACUGAUUUGUAUAUGUUUCCAUAAGGAGAUUAUUAAUUGUGAGAUGAAAAAUGGUUAGCGAAGAAGUAGUAGAGUUCAAUAAAAAGCAACCGGUAUUCAAAAAUCCAGCUUUUCAACAAAAGUUUCGGUUGACCACUACCACUGGGAAAAAACGAACUUGGCGCUCAUUAAAACAAGUCUUGGCUCAAGAACGUGCGUUACCGUGGCCGUCGGAAGUAGUGCAUUAUAGCUCUAUUAAUGCACCGCCAAGCUUCAGACCAGCGAAAAAGUAUUCGGAUAUUUCUGGAUUGUCCGCACGAUAUACAGAUCCACAGACUAAGUUAUACUAUGCAACUGCAGAAGAAUUUGCAACAGUCCGAAGUCUACCGAUGGAUAUAACUGCUGGAUACUUAGCAUUGCGCGGCGCUUCCAGUAUAGUUGGAUAGAUGAGAGAAAGAUUCAUUCUCUGGCGUUAUUCUGUGAAACGUUCAAACGACACGUAACAUCGACAGUUUGUUCAAUAAUUUUUUUAUUUAUCAUACUUAUGAUAGAGAAGAACGAAUUGAUUAUAAUUUGGGAAAUUAUUUAUGGUGUAAACAGAAAAUAAAAUAACAGCAAGUUUUUUGAUAAAGAACAAAAUAAAAUUGUUUGCACUGACAUGGAUCUACUCUCUCUGAAUGAUUAAAUACACAGCAUGAUGUAAAAAUUCAUCAUAAACAGGAUUCCCUAAAAUAAACAGAUCCACAAAUAA